GGGAGAAGUGAGAUUCAGCUAAAGGACGGAACAAAAAUCGAUGAGUUCAUGGUUACUGAACAUUCCUGUGCUUAACUGCUGUCAACUUAUCGUGGCUCUGGCCUUUCAAGAUGUGUUUGGUGGCUCAGUGGAUGGUAGACCGUCCUCAUGUCAGUAGAUCUCUAUCUUUUUGAUAAACCAUGGUGGAUUGUGAAGGUUUGAUCAAUGAGUGCCCUCUUCUGAUACCUCAGAACAAACAGAAGACUGUGUUUGAUGGCUUCAUUAUGGUUAAGGACAAGGAGUUUCGUAUAAGAAUUCUGUUGCCAGAACAGAAAUGUUUGCGAAAUGCAAGACUUCAAUGCAGCUGGCAGUUAAAACAAGUCUUGCGAGGAUACCAGCACAUAAUAAAGCAGAGACUGCAACACUGCUCUAACUUGGUUAGUUUCAUGUUGGAAUUUAAGACUGUUUUGGAAAUUGCAUUAAGGAACAAAAAUGACCUGACAGCUCCUCCUCCUCCACAAUAUUAUGCACAGCUUAUUAAAGAAAUUGAAAGUUUGGGUUGGGAUAAACUUGCUUAUAUGGAUGCAGAGUUCAGAACCAUUAAGCUGAAGGCUGAGGAUUCUGCAGGUCGAGAGCAUAUGAUCACAAUUAAAUUAAAAUCAAAGUACCCAGCUGAACCACCUGAUUGUUCCACAAAUUUUCCUGUUCCAUUUGUGAUUUCUUGGACACAGCAGAGCUGUUUGAUACAUCUUCACAGUCAGUUUUUGGCAGCAGUGGAGUCACUGCAGGAAUUCUGGGAUGUUAUGGAUGAGAUAGAUGAGAAGACCUGGGUGCUCGAACCAGAAAAACCAGCACGUGCAACCACAACGCGCAGAAUUGCCAUUGGUAAUAAUGUUUCAAUAAAUAUAGAAGUGGAUCCACGGCAUCCUAAAAUGUUGCCUGAAUGCUGCUUCCUUGGUGCUGAUCAUGUGGUAACUCCACUGAGAAAUAAACUGAACGCCAACAUGCAUCUUUGGUCUCCAGAGUGCACCGUGCUGCAAAAUCUAAAGGAUAUGUUGGAGGUAGACUUUCCAUCCCCGGACAGCCAUGAAAAGUCUAGUUUCAGUAUGGAAUGUGGAAUCUGUUAUGCAUACCGUCUGGCUUCAUCCAUACCGGAUCAAGUGUGUGAUGACCCACGCUGUGGUCAGCCAUUCCAUCAAGAGUGCCUUUAUGAGUGGUUACGAGGGCUACCUCAUUCAAGACAGAGCUUUAACGUCAUUUUUGGAGAAUGUCCUUAUUGCAAUAAGCCAAUUACAGUAAAGAUGACUAUCAAGAAAUCCUAACCACGGUUGUGUGAAGAUUCUUCAUAUGAAUAUUUGUUAACAAGAUGUCUA